GUUGACUAGUCAAUACACGAAUUCCCAAGUGAGCCUGCCUAAUGGAAAGUUGAACCGAGAUCUGUUCAUAUACAUCGCACCACACCCGUAAUACCAUACCUCAAACACACUCGCCGUUGAUCCAUCUUCCACCAUUAAAUCAUCUUUUUCCACUCCGUCUUAAACACACACACACACAAAAAAAAAAAAACAAAUUUUGUUAGAAACAUGUCGUCUUCCAAACCAUAAGCCAUGUGUUCCUCCUCCACCACUACCACCACCACCACCACUCUUCCACCAACAUUCGCCACCACCAAUGCUGUCUUUGUCUUAACCGGCACUACCACCACCACAGUCUCCCUUUUUAUCGACACUUUUGCUGUUGUUUCUUUCUUUGUUCUUCACCAUGUCCGACAACUCAGCUUCUAGUCUUUUUUUCUCCGCCGCCGUCAACCACCUGUCACCAUCGAUCCAAGAUUCCAUCAUCGACUCACUCAUCGCCGCAGAACCCCAUCACUCCCCGCAUCCUGACUACCUCCUCCGAUGCCAACGCCGCUCCGUCAAUCUCACCCACCGUCAAGAUUCCAUCAACUGGAUUCUUAACGCUCACUCACAUCAUCGUUUUCAACCAAUAACCGCCAUUCUUUCCGUCAAUUACUUAGACCGGUUUCUCUCUUCCUCCGCCGCCUCUCUCCUGGGGAAUAAUGGAUGGGCGUUUCAGUUGUUAUCGGUGGCAUGUUUAUCAUUAGCUGCGAAAAUGGAGGAGCCUGAUGUACCUUUGCUUUUAGAUCUUCAAGUUUUGGAGUCCCCUUUUAUAUUCGAACCCAAAUCGGUUCAGAGAAUGGAGCUUUUGGUAAUGGAGAAACUCAAUUGGAGGCUCCGAUCGGUGACCCCUUUUGAUUUUAUCUAUUAUUUCAUCUUCAAACUUCCACCUUCUUCUCGAACCAACGAACUCCAUUUUCACUCGAAAUGUUCGGAUCUCAUCAUCAAGACCAUUCGUGUGAUCGACUUUUUAGGAUUCCAGCCGUCUGUAAUUGCAGCAGCGGCGGUGAUUUCUGCCGCCGGUGAAGGAGUGGAUGUACCGGAGAGUUACUACGAGAAAGUAAACAAAGAAAUGGUGAGAAGCUGUCAUCAACUAAUGGAGGAGUACUUGGUGGACACGUGCCCUUCGGCUGUUCAUAAAGUCAGAAAGCAAUGGAGACCUGAUCAGCCACCGCCGAGUCCAGACGGUGUCCUGGAUGCGGCGGCGACUUGCGUCAGCUGCGACACGCGUUCCGAUAAUCUUUUGUUUGUUCCGACGACACCCUCCGGCGACGACGACAGAGAAGCCAAGCGACUAAGGUUUAGUGUACAGGAAGAGCAGCCAUAGUCCAUAGAUAAGCAAUUUCUAAUUUCUAUUAUUAUAAUAUCUUGGAUUAAGUAAAAAAGUGGGAACUUUAUCUUUU